CCUUCCCCUUCUUCUUCUCCACUUCCUCCAAACCCUAACAAUGGCGUCUCUCUCCUUCCUCCUCCUCCUCCUCCUCCUCCUCGCCGUCUCUGCAACUUUCCUUCCUUCUUCAAUGGCCGCCUCCCCUUCCUUUCGAACUCUUGACGCCAACGCCCACUUCUUUAACCCUAAGCUUCCCGCUAAAUCCUUCUCCUCCUCUAAGAAAUUCGAGGGCUCCUCCGAUUUCGUCAAUCUCCGCUACCACAUGGGCCCUGUUCUUUCCUCUUCCCCCAUCAAUAUUUACCUUGUCUGGUACGGCAAAUGGUCCGUCUCCCAGAAAUUCCUAAUCAAGGACUUUCUUCUCUCCAUUUCCGCCCCCGAUCCCCGCCGUGCUCCUCCUUCUCCUUCGGUUGCUGAGUGGUGGCAAACCGUCUCGCUUUACACCGAUCAAACCGGCGCUAAUGUCUCCCGUUCCGUCGUCAUUGCCGGUGAACAUUCCGACCUCCACCACUCCCAUGGCACUGACCUUACUCGCCUCUCCAUUCAGCAGGUUAUUGCAACUGCCGUUCGAUCUGCGCCGUUUCCGGUUGACCACCGGAACGGGAUGUUUCUGGUGCUCACUUCUCAGGAUGUUACGAUGCAGGACUUUUGUCGAGCAGUUUGCGGGUUCCAUUACUUCACCUUCCCUUCCAUGGUGGGCUACACGCUCCCCUAUGCUUGGGUUGGUCACUCCGGCAAGCAGUGCCCUGAGCAAUGCGCCUAUCCUUUCGCCGUGCCGGCGUAUAUGGCCGGCGGUGGUCCCGGCGUUCUCUCGCCGCCGAAUCGAGACGUUGCGUUAGACGGAAUGAUUAGUGUUAUAGGCCAUGAAUUAGCUGAAGUCGCUUCGAAUCCGUUGGUGAAUGCUUGGUAUGCCGGUGAGGAUCCGACAGCGCCGACGGAGAUUGCGGACCUCUGCGAGGGUUUGUACGGCACCGGUGGCGGCGGCGGGUAUAUAGGGCAGGUAAUGAGGGAUGGAGAAGGAAGGACGUUUAAUGUGAAUGGGAGAAAUGGAAGGAAGUUCUUGUUGCAGUGGCUAUGGAGUCCAGUUCUGAAGGCCUGUGCCGGUCCCAAUGCUUUGGAUUGAGUGGUGGAAGUUUCAAUUUCCGAUCAGUUUCGUCGUUAUUAUGUUGUAACUUGAAGAAGAACUCGGCGGCGCCGAUGAGCUCAGCUUGAGCAUCCGCCGUAGAGAUCGGUGGCUCCGCCGUGCCGCAGUGGACGGAUUGCAGGGACAAGUGGAGGGGGGCCGGGGGUUCUAUGAAUUUAUUACAGUUUCUAUGGUAUAUAUUAAUAUAUAAAAUUUUAAACUUUUCAU